GGGCCACGUGGCCACAGGCCGAUUUUUGUGCGGAUAAAAUUUUGACCUUUUUUUUUUUUUGGUACCACUGCGGUUUAACUCUCGUGUUUCAGAGUCAGUUUUCGCAGCGUUGCACUAAAUUUCUAUUAGAGUAAUAACUCGGUGAUUGUUUUUCUAUUUCUAAUUUCGACAUAUUAUCGUCGAUCCUUCGAACGACUGCAAGAUGAAUGUGAACGAAAAGUUACCGAACGCUUGUUGAUCUUCGACAGGGAAGCUGAUUAGGGGUCGGAAGAAUUUUUCGUCAUCCUUUACUUCUCGUCAAACAACGUGACGCAAGCUUCUGAUAGUCUGGCCUGACGAUGCUGAAACCACGAACUGCAAAUCUGACAGGAUCGCUGCUUCUCCUGGCUUCGAUAUUGAGCUGCAGCGUUAACUGCCAGAUCGAAAUGACUGGACCCGUCGAAAAUAAAACCGGCACAAACGAGAGUCGCUCCCGGGUAUUUUCACCGCGGAUGGACUACGACGAGUGGACGCCAUUGGGUCGGGGUGAUCCUCUGAAGAACGACCCCACCUUCGACUACGUGCCCCCUGUCCUGGACCGGGUCCAGUACUGGUUGGACUCGCACACCACGGAACCCUCGGCAAAGAGGGAUAUCCUGGUCCUCGGGGUAACGGCGAAGAAGACGAGCCCCAAGAUCCCGGAACAGUUCCUGAAGUUCGUUGACGGGCCGAAGUUCACCAAAAGCCCGGAUCAGCAGUACAGAAACGAGCAUAUUUUACACCGCAACGAUUUUACGGGAAGUACAGGGGCAGAGCCACCGAAGAUACUGCGGAAUACGAACUUCAGAAAUGGCAUGGGUGACUAUCGGAAUCACAAUCGGAUCCAAAACGUUCCGGCCAGUUAUUAUCCCAGUCCGUUCUACAACCAGAAGCCCAAACCCUACACCAUGAUGCUUCCUCCGCCGGUGGUUCCCAAGCCCAUCGAUGCCGCUCAGCCGACCUUUACACCGCAGAAGGAGAAGAUGGCUUCUUACGCUGAUCAGAACCAGCAGUUCAGUACGCAGACGGAAGAGGGUCCGAUUCAGGAUGAACGACUCAGCUACAACAGUCCCCAUAUGAACUCCUUCUCGCAGCCACAUCCUCCGCCGAGAUCGGUGCAGUCUUCGUCUAGGCCUCCCCCGAAGCACCAGUUGUCGCAGAUCGAGGGGCUGAACAGCGUCUACACCCCGCCUGUUCAGACGACCAGGGAGAAGUUCCAGUCGGUAACGACGCCCUCGGUGUCAUUUGAGAAGUCCAAUCUUGUCUAUCAUUCUACGCAGACGAUAUCAGGAGGGUGGUUGGCCAACGGUGGUCCCUCUUCAGAGGUCAAUCAGGUCACUUGGCAGACGCCGUUUAACGCUCAGGAACAGUUUGACACAAGUGGUGAUCACCAGGCGGCUGGUUCGUCGAACCAUGACGUGGUCAUUGGUCAGAACGCGAACAUUAUCGUGGACGGUGAGAAUUCUGAGAACGAAGAGGUGGUGGUAGGGAAAAAGGGGUCGCCGCCGCAGGAAAACUCUCUUGUUCAAACUCCUGCUUCAUCCGGGAACCUAGUUCAGUCGUCGAUGUUAUCAACCGACGACAACGACUCCGGUAACAUCGUGGUCGGCAAACCAUCGUCCACUGACUCGGAUGCGCAGAUGCACAUCGUCGUUGCCAAUGCCGGUCCGGUCGACCCUGGAUUCGAAGGUUCAAAGCGGAAGGAACCUGUCUCUGUUAUCAUGCCGACCAACUACGUGGAAAUAGCGAACGUUACUCAUCUGGAAUCCAACACUGAAUCCACCAACGUCACUUACGACGAUCGACGACUCGACAGUCUCCCAGCAACCCAGGCCGAGCAGAAUAUCCAAAUCUCGAAACCGCUUUCCCAGCCAAACGCCAUCACUAAUCCACCGGCUCCCAUUCCUCAAAUGAACCACAUGAACUACCAUCCAGUCCAUAUGAGCCAGGUAAACCAGAUGAACCCGAUGAGUCAAAUGAAUCCGAUGAACCAGAUGAAUCAGAUGAUGCAAAUGAACCAAAUGAACCAGAUGGCUCACGCCCACCAGAUCAAUCAGAUCAACCAGGUUCCAGUAAGAUCGGUAUUUCCGGGGCCUAAUGCCCAGCCCCUGAUCCAUCUAAGUCAAGGUUCAGGUCACGCGAUGAUGCCUGGACAGAUGGGAAACGGUAUGAGGCGUCCUCCUGGAAGCUUGCCGUCGAUGCCGCCUCAGAAAAUGUUCAACGAGCAUCAGCAUCACCAUCAGGUUGUUCCGGGGAUGCAGCACAGCAGUCCUACGAUGCAUUCGACUCCUGGUCCAGAAGUUGGGAUGACGGGCGUCACGGAUUCGGAAUCGUUUCGAGUGAAGAGUCCUCCGAACCUGCAAAUGAACUCGAUGCAGUCGGUGAACGGCGCGGCGGCUCCUCCUCAAGUUCCGUUCCUACCGACGGCGGCAUCUUCGGUUUCACAACCGGAAACUGCGACCUCGAGUCUCGACCUGGUCACGGAUUACAUAAAGAAUCAAUCGCCGUUGGCCCAUCUGCUAAACAACGAUAUUAACCGGGUGACUCGCACCUCGACACCGGCGGCCCCGACGACCACGGCCUCCAGCCUGACGACCGAUCCGAUAUUCUCGCACUAUAAGCAACCUGCGAAGCCGAUCCGGGGCCCAAUGUACCUCAUCAUCCAGGGACACUCAAAGGUCAAGACCUACAAGCCCUCGGUGAACAGGCACGGCGUGCCAGUCGAGUACAACGAGAUCCGGGAGGCAAGCACCGAGCGACCGUCGAAGCUUGAACAGCUGAUAAACGAGAACACGAAGAGUCGGAUCGGGGAUAAGAGCGUUCAGGAGAAGCCGAGCUUUGUCGAGGAGGAGAAGGAGAAGGACAAGCCACGACGGAAGAGGAUCGAGGAACAGGACCUGCUUAGUCUGGUCGAGAACAACUUGAGCGGGUUCACCGUUCGCCCGGAAUUCCAGGUUGAGGAACACCGAGGGGCUAAUUCACUGACGACUAUAGAAAUUAACAAUUAGAUAUAUGUGUUGUAUGUUAUCGCUGUUAAGUCGUUGUCGCCUUUUAUAACGUAAAUCGUUUCGCUGUCGUAUGUAUGCGUUUCGCGUUUCCCGUUGAGGUGCACGGUGAGUGAGAUUUUUAAAGAGAUAUUCCAAAAUUAGUUUGAUAGAAGUUGACUUAGGUUGUUGAUCGCGGACUGUUCAUCCUGCGUUUAACAUAUUAUGAUUUACGUUUUAAUCGUUGCUUAUUUAUUUAUUUAUUUAUUUUAACUGUUUCGCUUGUUUUCACUAUCACGUGCCAGUAUCGGAUUUGCAGUGACGACGUCGUUCGAGAAUGAAGAUAGGAUUUUACGUCAUCGUUAUCGCUCUUAUUAAAUUAUAUUAUAUUAUCAUACGUAGGUAGAACUCAAAAGUAGUCCGUAAUCAGUCAGUCGACAAAUUGUCGUAACUUUUGUUUUAAAUUUAUACAAAUAUUAGAGAGAAAUUAUUUAAUUUAUACUGUAUGUUAGGGCUAUGAAAUAU